AUCUCUAUGGUUGGGUUUGGCAUUUCUGUCAGAAGCUACCCGAUGGUGCACCAUGAAUCGGCGUCUCAUUUUUGUUAACCAUCAAUCUUACUUCAUUUAGUUGAUAAAAUAGUCAUGCAUGCUUUACGAAAAGAAUUGUCAUGAUUGAUGAUGAUAUUAAAUUUUACUGAAUUUUCAAUGAAAUUAUUGAGGGAACUUCUCUCAUUUUGUUUUUUAAUUUAACGUCUCUUUAACGUUUACUAUAACAGAGCGGAGGUUAGUGUUUUUUUUCCAAACUGUAGGGGAUGUUUGUGCCAUUGGAGCAUUGUAAUUUCAUUUCUAUUUUCAUCAGUUUAUGCUGAUUUUAGCUCUGUAACUACACUGGUUUCUUUCACCCCAUUUCUGUUUGCUUGUGUUUUCCUGAUUCCUGCUAGGUUUCUCUGCUAGAUAUCAGUUGAUCUUAGCUCGACAAGAAAUUUGGAUUAGAUUUAGUGUUGAUUUGGUUGUUUUGGGUUUAGGUUUUGCUUGACAUGAUUUGGUGAUUUAGAUUCGCUGACUCAAUAUUGUUUGUUGAUUUCAGGUUAGCAAAAGUACUGUUGGUGGUGUACAAAUAGAGGAGCUUAGCAUCCAUGCUUUGUCGUGUGCACUGAUAACUCGGGAGUACCAAUAAUAGGUGCCUCCGAUAACUGAAUCUGUGAUAUGAUUUGUGCUCUGAAUCACAAAGAUUUUGGAGCAUUCUAUGUUCUUUGUUGGGUGUCUCCAAAACUUAUACCCUCCCUGUCUAACAUUGUAUUGACUCUCUUCAAAGUUGCCUUUGAUAUGCACAUUCAUUUUGAAGCAACUGCUGCCAAAGUAAAUCACUUCAUAUUGGUUUCUUCAUUGAGAACAAACAAAGUUGCUUUCCUACAGCCAUUCUCAAGAGAAUCAUGAGACUUGGAUGAAUGGAGCGUCUAUUGAUGCUUACAAGGAGACUCAUAACAUAACCCUGUUAACGGAAGAUACUUAAUUUGGGGGGCAGGUCCUUCAGGUUGCUGAACUCAUGGCAGUCAUGGCCAAGAGUAGUGACAUUUCAUAUUGUGAAAUAGUGGGCAUGAUUGCAGCGACAACUGCACCUCUAACUCCCAUGCAGGUACUUCUUACAAAGAUACCUUCUCAAUGCCCUUAUGUUUAUUCACCCAAGGUUCUUCCUUAAAUCUUCUAUCCUAAAUUUUAAAAUCCUGGUUACUGUUCACGAGCCAUUUUUUUUUUGGGACAACUACAUUUUUCUUUUUUUUUCUCACACAACACAAUGGCCCAUGUGCUGAUGGCCCAUGUUGUCACACAAUUGCAUCACGGUCGACGUUGCAACACUUCCGUCAUCACGCCGCCGGUGGCUUAGCCUUCCCCCUCCUACUCAGUUAGGUGCGUUCAGUCUGGAUUGCUUGCAUACGGAUUCCGUCUCUGGCCAGGUUGUGACGCUUUUUUCGCCAGAAGCUCAAGGAUUUGUGAAGAAAGGGUUUUGUCUCUAUAUGCAAUCAGCAACAAUCAGCAAUUGCAUGGAUUCGGACCCCAAUCUCAAUUUCAAUUUCAAUUCAAAUUAUUUUGAAGGCUCCUACUAUCCUAACUCUGUCUUAAGGGGAUCAAUAAGUGGAAAUAGAAACAAUCAAUUGUAUUUGCUGAUCAAAAUAUUGGAAGCAAACAAUAGUAACUGGAAUGAAGAAGAAGAAAACCAAUUGGUGAGGUGGCCACCAAUUAAAUCAUGGAGAAAGAAAAAACUCCAUCCUCAGCAUCCUGUAGGAGGCCAGAUAAGGAAUGAGAGGAUGCAAGCUAAUGAAAAUCAAAGCAGAGGAUCAAACUCUUUAUAUGUCAAAGCUAACAUGGAAGGUGUACCGGUAGGAAGGCUAAUCAAUUUCAGGGUUUUCAACUCUUAUCAGACUCUUACAGACAUGUUGGUUAGCAUGUUCAUUAGAUGUAUGAUAAGAAAUAUUUACAGAUGUGUAGCUCAACAAUAUAAUCUAAUAAACUUCUCUUUGUACUUUUAUAGCAAGGUUAGCUGUCAAGUCUCAAAUGUCUGAUAAUGGUUCCUAUCACAAGAUUGAUUUACCAACAUUCUGAAUUAAUUAUUCAUCAAAGUGAUCAUAUAUAUGACAUGAAAAAAAUGUUAAAUUACAAACUCUUGGAUUUUUUUAAGAAAUUGUGCUAGGAUUAAGUACAAAACCAGAUUGUGUCUGAUCUAUUUUUUCUUCUGUCUAGAUUUGUUAGUCAUUUUUGUGUGCUGAAUCCAUUUGUUUGACUAACUUAGUUCCAUUCAUGUGUUUUUAUUUUCUGUUAUCUUCUCCAUUUUUAUUUAAGUAGUUCAAAGUGUUGUUGAGUUGUAUAUUGUUCAUGUAGGAAAAGGAGGACCCUUGAACACUUACCCCAACUUGGUUUUGAUGUUCUGUGAAAAGGGACAUUGGAACAAUGCCUACAAGUUGAUGAGAACCCUUUAAAUCAAAAUUGCUUCUUUAUUUUUCACUUUAAUUCUUAAAUCCUUCAACAUAUUCUGUCCUUUUUUUUUUAUCUAACUUUGGGCUGUGAAUUUUUUCCCAAUUAGUAUGAUGAGUAUGCAUUUAUACUGCUAUGUAUGUUAGGGAAGUGAAGAAGACAUUAUAGACACAGAACAAGCUAAUAUUUGUUCUCUUUGACUUCUGCUCAAUGAAUAUGCGGUGUGUAUCCUA